AUGGCGACAGACAAAGUAAAAAUCCUAAGAGAUAAGCUGAAUAAAGUAACAAGUGAGAAGGAACUACUGACAUGUCAACUAAAAAAUGAAAAAGAUGAAAAAGAACUAUAUAAGGUUCAUUUAAAGAAUACUGAGAUUGAAAACACCAAGUUGCUCACUGAGGUGCAGACGUUAAAAAACCUAGACUUAAACAAAGAAAAUGUGAUUGCGCACUAUAAGGAUGAGCUUGGAAAGCUACAGCUUUCUUUGUCUGAGAAAGAAAAGUUGCAUAAAGAAGUGCUACAAAAUUCUUCUGAAAAGGAGGACGUAGGCUUUUUAAAACAGCAGCUUCGUAAGUUUGAGGAUGAAAAUCAGGCCAGCAGACAGAAGGCAGUAUUAAUGUCCAAUGAACUAAGUGAUGCAGUUACUGUUCGUGAUAAAACUAUGUCUGAUCUACACACAGCUCGUCUUGAGACAGAGAGUGUGAAAAAGCAGCUUGCUGAAGCUUUUGCUCAGCUAAGUUUACGAGAGUUGCAAUCGCAGAAGUCUGCUUUCAUGGAUGAGAAAAAAGAACAGGUGGGAGAGAAUGCCAGAGUGGAACAAGAACUUCGCAGAGAAAUCGAAGAUUUAAAGCUGAGACUGGAAAUGGCUGCAGACCACUAUAAAGAUAAAUAUAAGGAAUGUCAGAAGCUUCAGAAAACUGUGAAAAAGCUUACAGAGCAGCUAAAAAUUACAGAAAGUCAGCAGAAAAACACCAACCUAUAUUCUUAUGCAGACACAGCAACUCCUGCAGACAUUCAGCAAUGUACUUUACCACUCAGUCCAUUAGCAUCUGACAUUUUGCCUGAAUUUGUUGUAAAAGAACAAAUGCGAGAAGUGAGCAAAGAAGUUGCUGAAAAAGCAGAAAAGUAUAGAAGAUGUAAACAGAUGUUGGCUGAAGAAAAGGAGAGGUGCAGUGCUUACGCUGAUGAAGUAGCCAAAAUUGAGAUGAAAUGGAGAGAACAAAUUAAAGUCAAUGAAGGAAUGAAGCUUCAGCUAAUUGCUAUGGAAGAUCAAUAUAAGAUCCAGUCUGCAAAAAAAGAUGAUGAAAUAUCUGCACUUUCACACAAUGUUGACAUACUCCUGAGUGAAAAGAAAAAACUGGAGAAAGCCAUAAAGGCACUUGAAAACAAUUUAGAGAAACUUUCUGAAAGAGCUUCAAGUGAGCAGAAUUUAGAAGGAAGUACCCAGGAUUUACCGUAUUUUAACACUUAUUGCGAUGAACACAGAACAGCCCCUGUCGUUCCAAUUCAGCCCCCAUUUUUAACGUUUGGGAACCCCUAUGCAUCACAAUCAAGCAGAGAUGGAGCAGAUGGUGCUUUUAACCCAGAUGACAUUAAAGGACCUCCAGUGAGAUCAGCUUCUUGGGGAAUGGAAGACAAUGUGGUCUGCAGUCAGCCAUCUCGUAACCAAAGUCUGCCUGAUGGCUUGGAAGAUCCUGAUGAUAACAAUGCUGAUGAUGAUGAGAAGAACAAUGAUGUUUAUUUUCCGGAUCUCCCAAGGAUUAACGGCCAGGAAGACUCAGGAAGAUUCUGCUUUGAUUCAAGAUUUACUAUGCAAAAGAAAUGCCCCCUGUGUGCAGUGGUGUUUCCUCCUAACUUUGACCAGAUCCAGUUUGAAGCCCAUGUAGAUAGCCACUGGAAGGUGUGUCCUAUGUGCAAUGAGCAGUUUCCCCUGGAGUGUGACCAGCAGAUCUUUGAGAGACAUGUCCAGACACACUUUGACGGCAAUGUUUUGAAUUUUGAGUGAAGCAGCCUUGCUCUAUGUUGAAAUAUAGUGGUGAGACGUUCACCUUAAAUACUACAAUUAAACAUAGCUUAAAGCAUCACUUCCGGUAUACAAUAUGUUGCAGUUUAAUUAGAGUAAAACAAUUAUUUUUUUUAAUUUUGUUUUAUCGCUUAUAAUUUAUGUAAGAUUUUAUCUCUAUUUGUAACUGUUAGUAAAACCAUGUAAAUCCACAGAGAGCCAUAGGAUGACACCUCCAUUGUAUUAGCUCAUUUCUUGCUGCUGAAUUUACACCAUUUUAAAGCAUUACAAUUGCUAUUUGUUCCCUAAUAGUCGCAGAAAUCAGCAUGCAUCUUCUCAACUCCCUGAUUUUUGUUUUCAAUGUUUUAGUAAUGAAUGAGUUUGGCUGUCGUCAUAUAUAUACACAAAACUUUCUUACAAUAGACAUACUCAUUUGAAUCAGCAAAUCAAACUGUAAAAGCUUAUAAAAAAUGAAAUUACGCUGCAGGCUAUAUUGAAAAUGUUUCAAGUAGAUGCUUGAUAAGUUAGAGACUCAAAGGACACUAAAUUGCUAUGACACUGGUUUAUUUUAUGUGCUACAAAAUGCUGGAACAUAAUUCAUAUAUUAUACUAUCUGAAAAAUCAUUUAACAUUCUUAAAAACUACUUGAUGCAGUGGAAUCCACUAUUAAGAAAACACAAUUUUACGUCUUUGAGAUUGUAAUUUAUGUACUUACAAUAAAAGCAUGUGUUUAUUUAAUGCCUAUUAAUAAAAUAUAUGUUGUAAUUUUCCUCAACUUCUGAUUGAAUCCUUUGUAACUGUUUACAAUAAAGCAAAAUCAGUAUCACUGAGUUUUUUUAUUAAA